AACCCCCUUUUUUUUUUUUCUGGUCAUACGAAAAAAAAAAGUAUAAAUACGUGAUGAUGUUUUCUCUUUUUUUUUCUUCUCUUCCUAUCCUUGUCUUGCUUUCAUCAUGCUUCCUUUUAUUGUCUGCCCUGCAACAUGCGAAUUAUGUGGUCACUGGUUACCAGAACACCAAACAUCUUGCCCUAGAAAUGGCGUACAUCCUUCUCAGUGGAACUUAUUACCACCAACAAUGGAAGUGACAGAAGAACAAGUGUCAAAAGAACAAGAUACCCAACUUUUUAAAGAACUUUAAUUUGUACAAAAAAAAACAGUAAUCGUAGUUUGAUCUCUACUUUAUACAUAUAUAUAUAUAUAUUCACACCAUAUACCUCUGAAAUAAAGAAAACUCAUGUAGUGUUUUCCCAC